GUCCCAGACUCGGGAGUGAAAACGUUGGUAUAAAUCCAUUAGUAGUAGCUAGAACAGACACAGUUCGUCGGUGAUUCUCGAAGGUGACCCUGCAUUUCGGAGAGCUUGAAUGCAAUUCUCCUAAAUUGAGCUUCUGGAGUGUUCUCAAGUUGAUUAUUAAGCGAAAUUCCUGUGGAUAAAAUGUGCGAACAUGGUUCAAAGUGUACCCACAAAUAUAAGGAGUGGGAGAACAAUGAGGAGAUUCAAAUGUUUCGCGAAUACUUGCGUAUUCCAUCGGUGCAUCCAGAUGUAAAUUACGAUGAGUGCGUCGAGUUUUUGACGCGCCAAGCGAACCUCCUAGAGCUGCCAGUGCGCGUGAUCGAGGUGAACCCCAGAAAACCGAUCGUGAUCAUAACAUGGGAGGGAACGGACCCGGCCGAGAAGUCUAUCAUUCUCAACUCCCACAUGGAUGUGGUUCCGGUGUACCCGGAGCGCUGGUCUCACCCUCCGUUCGGGGCCGACAUGGACCACACGGGGAAGAUCUACGCUCGGGGUGCCCAGGAUAUGAAGUGCGUCGGAAUGCAGUUUUUGGGAGCGAUCCGAGCGUUGAAACGGGAGGGCGUCAGCUUAAAGCGAACGAUCCACGCAACAUUCGUGCCGGACGAAGAGAUCGGUGGUAAGCUCGGAAUGAAGGAAUUCGUCCACCAGGAAGGCUUCCAGCAGUUGAACUGUGGGUUCGCGAUAGAUGAGGGUAUUGCUGGACCAGGCGAGGAAUAUCCGCUAUUCUACGGAGAACGGAGUGUGUGGCACGUUUUGUUCCACAUUUCCGGAACACCUGGCCACGGUUCGUUGCUGCUGAAGGGAACUGCAGGACAGAAGGCUCGAUAUAUAAUCGACAAACUGAUGGAUAUGCGAGAAAGAGAGGUGAAAAAAUUGGAGGAUAAUCCAGAACUGACCAUAGGAGACGUAACGACUGUCAAUAUAACAAUGAUGUCGGGAGGCGUUCAAAGCAACGUGGUUCCACCAGAGCUGAUGGUCUGCUUCGACGUUCGCCUUGCGGUGGAUGUCAAGCAUUUGGAGUUUGAGAAUCAACUUCUCGACUGGUGCGUUGAAGCCGGUGGCGACAUCGAGCUGGAGUACGACCAAAAGAGCCCUUUCGUAAAACCGACCACUCUCGAUGGAUCCAAUCGCUAUUGGGUUGCCUUCAGAGACGCACUGGACGAGAUGGGUAUCAAGGUGAAGCCUCAAAUUUUUCCUGGAGGAACCGACAGCCGAUAUAUCCGAGGUGUUGGAAUCCCUGCAAUCGGAUUCUCCCCCAUGAACAACACCCCGGUGCUACUACAUGAUCACGAUGAGUUCCUCCAUGCGGAUACCUACUUGAAGGGGAUUGAAAUCUACAAAAAGAUUAUUGCCAAUGUAGCCAAUGCCUAACUGCAGUGAUACGAUGAUGGUGGUCCCACCUCAUAACCCUACGAAGGUUUGAGCUGGACUAUUUAUCUUUAAGAUAAUAUUAAGUUUUAACAAUAGACACGAAAAACCAGUAUGCAAUUAAACGGACCGGUUCUGUUGCGGACAUAAAUUGACUAUCAAGAGAACACCGAAAUAGGCGAAAACUGAGGAAAAUAAUAAUCCCAAGGCAUGUCAAGAAAAUUUUCAACCCGGGAAGAUCCUUAACUGAUCGGAAAUCUAACCUGAUAGUUUAAAGUUUCCACUAGAAACACUAGAACUCCGGAAAAAUAGUUUUUGAGCCUCGAUAUUCUCUUUCCACUUUGCUAACACCAGAUUCAGAGCGGUCUUAUUUCGUGAGGCUCACUGUUCGAUUCAAUAAAUUGAUUAAUCAGUUGAACACAGUUCACAAAACAA